AUGAAUUAAGUUGAGCCUUUUGGGAUAAGAGUAAUACCAAUAAAGUGGGUUUUAAAGUUUGACCCACCAACUAUAGGACUGGUUUAUAAGCAACAUUAGAAAGAGAAGAAAAAGCAUCUUUAUCAGAUUUCGUUAAACAACUUGAUAUUUCUAACCAAUCCAGAAGACAUUGUGAAUUAAAUAAUUUAUGAACACCCUGCUUAUUUAAAUAGGAAAUUCAUAAAACAUGAUCAACUUAUUGGAUUAGUACGUAAAUUACUAGAUUAUAAAAGUCAGAAGUUAUAAGAAAUGGUAGAGUUUAUGGAAGAUCAUUUGGUUGAAUACAAUGACGCAGAUUCUGAUUAAGAAGAAAAAUACACAUCUAAUCAGAACUACUCUUUUUGA